AAGGGUUUUCUGAGUCCAGUCCAGGACUCCUCUCCAGGAAAGGUGAGCCUGAUCCAGAGAAGGGUGCUGGCUGGGGGCUUGGGGCUGGAACUGGGUACAGCAGGAAGCCGUCAGUGUCUGAGGUGUUGCUCAAAUGAAGCUGGGUUGAGUGAGCACCUCCAAUCGAGAGAGGGGAGAAGGGAGUGUGAUCUAGAAGGAAUAGCCGCAUGCUUCCAGGAUGACAAAGAUGCUCGGGCUUUCAAACGGACUGGAUUUGGAAGACGUGGGAAGCAUGGGAGGACGGAGGAUGGUGAGAGAUGAAGAGAGCGCCUAUGGUUUGGAAGAGGACAGCCAGUCCUCUCAGGUGCCCAGGCUGAGGCUCGUCUUGGUUGGGAGGACAGGAGUCGGGAAGAGCGCCACGGGGAACAGCAUCCUGGGCCAGAGAAGGUUCCUCUCCAGGCUUGAGACCUCGGCGGUCACCAGAACCUGCUCCGUUGCCAGCUGCAGGAGGGCCAGGUGGCACGUGGACAUCAUCGACACCCCGGACAUUUUCCACUCCCAAGUCCCCAAAACAGACCCAGGAGGUUUGGAGAGAGGUCGCUGCUACCUGCUCUCGGCCCCAGGGCCCCACGUGCUGCUCCUGGUGACCCAGCUGGGCCGCUACACGGCCCAGGACCAGGAGGCAGUGAGGAAGGUGAAGGAGAUGUUCGGGGAGGGUGUGAUGGCUUGGACAGUCGCGGUCUUCACCAGGAAGGAGGACCUGGCCGGGGGCUGCCUGCAGGACUAUGUGCGCUGCACAGAGAAUCGGGCGCUGCGGGAGCUGACGGCCGAGUGCGGGGGCAGAAUCUGCGCCUUUGACAACCGAGCCACCGGCCGAGAGCAGGAGGCCCAGGUGCAGCAGCUGCUGGGCCUGGUGGAGCGUCUGGUAAGGGAGAAUGGAGGUGCCCACUACACCAACGAGGAGUACGGUCUGCUGCAGGCCCUGCACUGGGCCAGCCCUGAGGAGCGCCUCCGAAGGGUGGCAGAGAAGGUGGCGGCCCGCAUGCAGAGGUCCAGGGGCUCCUGGCUGCUGGCCCGGCUGUGGGAGUGGCAGAAGUCACUCAGGAACCACUGGAGACUGGGCCUGGCCCUCCUUCUGGGUGGCGCCCUCCUGUUCUACUUGCUGCUCUGCAGGCGCCAGCCUGAGGCCUUGGCUGAGGUCAAUCCUGAUUGACAGACUGACCAGGUCACCUGCUGGUCUCAUUCCUCUGUCUCUGUUGCUUGGUGUUCUGUACCAGGGCCCACACUGUCCCCUUUCCUUCCCUCUACACCCAUAAACUGCCUGCUGGUGAGUCGUGUCCUGGCCCCCCUCUCAGCCAAAGCCUUUCCUGGGACCUGGCCUUCCCUGUGCUGGCCCCUUGCUGCAGCUAAAACGACCACUCUCACUCUUGCCUAUUUUCCUGACACCAGAUUGCCUUUCCCUGCCAUCAGUCGUCUUCUCUCCUGAAUACAGAUGAGGAAUGUUUGUCCUCUCAGGCCCCAUGUAUCCCACAGGGACCAAACCAAGGACCAAGACAAAGAGCAACCUAGCACCUUCGUGUUUAUUUGAUUUGAAUUUGUUAUUUCCAAAAAUAAAUGCACUGUGGGAUCACAUUGUCUUAAAGGAAAUCAGUAACUGUGGAUGUUCGUUCUGGGCCUCAUGUGCCCACUGACCAAGGCGCUCCGCUGUGUCUUUCCUAACCCUUCUGCCUGCACACGCACACACAUCCACAUAAGCAUCUUUUGGGGUGCAGUCGUAGGAAGGGAAUCCACAGCAAUGGAACUUUUCUUUUCUCCCAGCAGGGGAGUGUGUCCCCACACAUCCUUAUUCAGAUCUCCAAGCAACUUGAGAGCAGAGAAUUCUGCAGAUCCAAGGAGGUUAAAAACUCAGUUCCCAGUAGCCACUGAGGGCCUGCAGAGUGUCUGCUUCCCAGGAGAGGUUUUCUUAUUGGCUUAUGGGCUCAUAGUUCAGUUAUGCAAGAAUAGUAAAUCCUGGAGCUCUUUAAACUCAUAGAGAAAUCAAAACAUUCAAGAGAUUUGGAAAAGUUUUCUUUCUAUUUUAAAUCUCCCAAAGUUUGAGGGCAUCAAUCUGGUGUUUGUGGGCUGAGAGCUGGGGACAGGACUGUGGGCUCAUGAGUAACCUGCUUCUGUCCCAUGUGUGUAUGGGGGAGUGGGCUCUCUGCUCCAGAUCAGGUGUCUAUUGCUCCUCCCUAUUCAUCUGGCCCUGUUUGCUUCGUGCCCAGUACCAGCACCCUCACAGACAGACUGCCAGUCAUCCCUAGUCCUGCUGGGUAACUGUGGUCCCUCCCUGCAGUAUCCCCUGCCUGCUGUCUCCACAGCCAGAGCUCCUCAGAUUAUCUCUGAAGAGUCAUGUAAAAAAUAUUAUGUAGGAUCUCUGUCUAAUGUGCUGUACACUCUUAUUUAAUGCUAUAACUAGUACUCCAACAGUAUUUUUUUUCACUUUGUGUUGCUAUAUGGGGGCAAACUGUUGAAAUCUUUACCUAAUAUAUACUAAACUGAUCU